UUGUCUCCCCCCUCACUCUGCCACUCUGUCAUCAUGAAGGCAAGAGUGAUUUUCCUAGUUCUUUGUCUUUUUGAGGUGUGUUCGUCUGUUCCCGUCCCCCACCCGACAAACGGGGUCAGACAAUGUCGUGCCUCCACCAACCUCUCCAUCACAGCCAUGGAGGUGCUGCCCGGUGGAGGCUGGGACAACCUUCGAAACAUAGACAUGGGUCGAGUCAUGAACAUGAGCUUCACCCACUGUCAGACCACUGAGGACGGGCUCUACUUCAUUCCAGAUGAGGUGUUUGUAAUCCCCCGAAAGGAAACGGGUGUGGAGACCAACUCGGAAAUUAUCAGCUCCUGGAUGCAGCAGACCAGCGUAACAUCUCACUCCAUAAAUGCAGAAGUGUCCUUCUUCUCUGUGCUCAAUGGGAAAUAUUCUAAAGAGAACCAACGGAUGAAAACUCAUCAGGUCAAAGACUCUGCGACCAUGGCCAGAGUCCAGGUGCGUAACUUCGUCUACACCGUUAAGGCUUACCCUGACUUCACUCUGGACUCUCGCUUCGCUCAACAAGUCAAAGAAGUUGCUGAUGCUAUUGAAAACAACCAGACCAGGAAUGCAGCCUAUCUAUCAGAGAAGAUGGUCGUGGACUAUGGAACCCACGUUAUCACUAGUGUUGAUGCUGGAGCUGUAUUAGCGCAGGAGGACUACCUCCGCUCUGCGUAUGUCACAGACAGUCAAUCAGACACCUCAACUGUUAAAGCUCAAGCCGGCUUAAAUUUUUUCGAUAAAGUCAAAUUUGACAUCAGCAGUCAGGACACCCAGAAGAGCUCAACACUUCAUGGCUAUCAGUCCAACAUUCAGUACUCUAUUGUUCAAAGCCACGGUGGUGCACCUUUCUAUCCUGGUAUCACUCUGCAGAAGUGGCAGGAGAGCACUAGAAACAACCUGGUCGCUAUUGAUCGGUCAGGAUUACCCUUGUACUAUUUCAUAAACACCAACACCCUCCCUGACCUGCCUCAGCCUACUGUUGGAAAGGUGGCUCUUGCGGUGACCAAGGCUGUGGAGCGCUACUAUGAGGUCAACAAACGUCCUGGCUGUGUUGACAUCAACUCAAAGAACUUCAACUUUCAGGCCAACAUUGAUGAUUCGUCCUGUGAGGGUCCUGCUACAAACCUCAGCUUUGGUGGUGUCUAUCAGGAGUGUGUCCCACGCAGCUCAGAUGCAGGUCCACUUUGUAAGGAACUGGAGCAGAAAAACCCAGACACGGGUGACUUCUCCUGCCGGUCUCCUUACAAGGCCACUUUACUGAGAUCUGAACUGAGACAGCAGGGUUACACUUUGUACCAAUGCCAUGACCACAGGUAUCAUUGUGGCUUUCUGGGCCUUAGCAUUUGCCAUCGUCAAGACUGUCAGGACAACUAUUACGUUCGCAGUGCUACUAUUAACACAUACUGGUGCUCAGUUAAUGGAAAGGCGCCAGAUAACUCUGGGUAUCUGUUUGGAGGCAUCUACAGCCCCUCACUCCUGAAUCCCAUCACCAAUUCCAAAAGCUGCCCUGCUAGUUUCAUUCCAGUCAAAUUUCUCUCUGAUGGCCAGGUGAUUUGUGUAAGUAAAGACUAUGAAGCUGGUACCAGAUCCUCUGUUCCAUUUGCAGGACUCUUUAGCUGUGAGUCAGGCAACCCACUAGCAAAUGGACAACGGCGCUGUCCUCCCAAAUUUAGCCAACACCUCGCUACAGUCAGUGAUGGGUGUGAGAUUCUUUACUGUGUUCAGUCUGGAUUGUUCACAGGUGGUCAACUACUACCUGUCCGUCUGCCUCCUUUUACUAAUCCUUCUCUGAUCAGCAUGCAGCGCACCAACACAGUUAUGGUGAUGACAGAGGGGGAUAAGACCUGGGUCAGGGUGGGCCAGACCAAGAUGUGGAAACUGGCUAAACCAGAGGAACUAAAGGAGAUGAUGUCGGACUUCGAUCCAGAAUCUAAGUCUAUGUCCAGUGGAGCAAAAGCAGGAGUAGCCUUCGGGGUGCUGGGGUUGCUGGCGGUGGUCAUAGUAUUAGGGGUCCUGGUAAAGAGAAGGAGGAGGCUGUCUGGGUUUCAGACGGCUAGAGGCUAUCAGGAAAUACAGGGAGGGACUGAGGAUACUGAUGAGCAAACAUUUCCCCAGCAGGAGGAGGCUUAAAGCAGAGCGCACAGCAGCGACAGACGGCAAAAUGUUGAAUGUUCUGUAGCUUGUAUUAAAUACUGUCACACCAAACUGUGCAUCAGAAACAAAAGCAGAAGUCGCUUUUACAGUGAACCAACACUGCCCCCUGAGGUCACAAGCCAGACAUGACAUACAGCCAUGGAAAAAAUUAUUAGACCACCCCUGUUUUCUUCAAUUUCUUGUUCAUUUUAAUGCCUGGUACAACUAAAGGUACAUUUGUUUGGACAAAUAUAAUAUGAUAUGGUAUGAUAAAAAAAAAAGCUCAUCAGAGUAUAAUUUCAGAGCUGUUAUCUAGGCAUUUUCCUUGGUUUCUUGAUAAAAACCAAAAUCACUUCAGCUCUUAGAUCAACAGCGAAGGUAUUGUACUGCCAAAAACAGUGCUUUUAGGCAUUCCAUGUUUUCUUUUCUGUCUGUUUUAGUCACAUGACACACACAGGAGUUAGUACUUGAUUGCAUAACCAUUGUUUUUGAUGACUUUUGAUGGUCUAAUCAUUUUUUCCGCAACUAUUUGUCUGUUUUGCUGUGCAACAUAAAUGCUAAGGCUGUUAAAUAAUAAAAGUCUUUUCCUGUAUGGUUAUGUUAAUUACUUGUAAGUUCUAUUAAUCUUUGUCUUUAUAGUGCUGCAUAUAUACACAUUAUAUUUUGUCUUUAACCACUGAUUAAAGCAUUAAAAUAUU